CAGUUAGGGAGCUGCCUUGAGACUUUAUGGUGCUGCCAUCUCCCUGAAGCUCUAACUGCGCUUCUGACACAUUUUAUUAAGUGAAAAACCCAAUUACGGGCGGCAGACGCUCUGUGGAUGUUGUCCGCUUACUAUGCUGAGCCGCUAAUUGCGCUCUCUUCCCCCAUAUCAUGACAAUGAAAGGGAAGAAAGUAUUAAUGUCGCUUGUUCUUUUAUUUGUUUUAGUUUUUGCUGGUGAGUUGAAGCUCUCAUUCUGGAAAAUGCUUACGGUCUUCUGCGCGUGGUCUAUGAGACGCUCCCUAGCCGCAAGGCUGAUUUUUCAAAAAUACCAUUAUUUAUCAUUGUUUUUUUUAAGAACCCAUAUCAGACCCGCUCCUCGUCCUGGCGGCCCUCCUACAUUUGUCGUGGGUAAUUCAGCCACAUGUGCCCCGGUUCGCGGGGGGGGGGGGGUGGUUAAGUUGGCUGUUCAAAGCAGACCUCUUCUUUUUUCCCCCUGAGAUGAAAUGAUACCGGUUCCGUGAUUCUACGCCAGCACGCGGCUGAGGGCGGAUCUGAGUCCGCUGUUGCUGGGCUGUUUUAGCGACGCGCGCAGUGAUUAACGGCACGCGCUGAAUGGAUCCCAGCUUCCCAUUCGGUCCACAUGCAUCCCAGUCAGAAGGAUCCCUUCAGGCGCCCCCAGCCCCAGGGUGACGACUUUAAUCCCUUCCCCAUCCUUCCCUCCCCUUUCAUUUUCCACUCUACAAAUAUAAGAAAGAAAAGGAUUCGCUUAUCCAGCCCAGCAGCCUUGCUUAAUUGACAUACCGCUGACUUCAAGGACUUGAAGGGACCCAGAUAUCCACAGGAGAUUCUGGUUCUGCGUGUUACGCGGUAAAUGGAAAGUGAACACAGAUUCUCUCUUCCCCAAGUGUGUCCCGGCCGUAGCCACGUUCUCAGGCGGCGUCCCGGUGUCCCUAUAUCACAUGACCUGUCACCUCCCGGGUUCUGGAGUAGAGGUGUGGGUUUCUCCUUCGCCCCGCUGCAGACGGUAGGCUGGAAGGCAGAGAGCGGCCCACGUUCCAGUAGCUAUAUUUAGCCCCGCAUCUGCAGGCUCGCGUUUCCUCCCCCCGAGUCGGAGUGGCGUGCAGACGCUCAUACAGGACCAGAUCUGGCCCAUCUUUGUUUACGUGGCCCGACUCGUGGGGCGCAAAGCGAGGUGUAGACGCGUCCCCGUAAUCAGGCAUGCAGGAAUGACCGCGUGAAGCCUGACUCCUGAGUGGUGUAAUGAGAGAACCCUACUGCCCCCCCCCCUCCCCCCAUCUGGGGUGUCAGGAUGUUGAUUAUUUUGUCCUGUGGCCAGGUUGGAUCACAGUCAUGAAUAUUAAUGGCCCAGAUUGUUGCUCAUUCGGUAUUAAUUGAUUUUUUUUUUCCUUCUUCUUUGUAAUAAUCAUUCUUUCAGUCUCGUGCUUUCCCGCGAGGCACGGUAGACAAAUGGCCUCCCUCUGGGGACAACCCUAUUCCGGGGGGGGGCCUGGGUGAGAUCCGAGGGGCGGGUCACAACCUCAGUGCUGAAACCGCCUCGUGCAUAAGUGCGGGGGUGAGGCCCUGCUUCAUUUCGCGGGUCCCCGGCCGAUAACGUCAGUCCUACUUUUCUUAUCUGCUCAAUCGUGUUGGUAAGAAUGCAUGUUAUCUGCAGACAUGAUUCCGACAGCCUGGUUCCUCUGCCUCCAUUAUCGUCACAUGGAAAGACUCCCUUUGCUUUUGCCCACGGGGUAUCCCUCAGCACCCCCGGCCGUCUGAGGGCCCAAAGUGGUAAUGAGGUUUGUCGUAAGCAGGCAGCUUGUUUUCGCAGCAGGACGCCAGGGAGGUUAAGGGAUCUGACUGGUUCACGCGCUCUGCUCCUCGACAAGAGGUCUGCAGUCUCUCAGCCCCGGCGGGGGGGAAGAUCUGCCUCCAUUGUAAGUGUCCACGGGAGGAGCAUGCAGUCGCCGUGAUGCCCCUAGAGAUGGAGAAGACGGUCACCAAGCUGAUGUACGAUUUCCAGAGGAACUCUACGUCCGACGACGACUCAGGGUGUGCUUUGGAGGAAUACGCCUGGGUGCCUCCGGGGCUUAAACCAGAACAGGUCCACCAAUAUUACAGCUCAUUUCCGGAAGAGAAGGUUCCGUAUGUGAACAGCGCUGGAGAGAAGCACCGCAUCAAACAGCUCCUGCAUCAGCUGCCCCCGCAUGACAAUGAGGUGCGCUACUGCAACUCCCUGGACGACGAGGAGAAGCGGGAACUCAAGCUGUUCAGCAGCCAGCGCAAGAGGGAGAACCUGGGGCGGGGGAACGUCAGGCCCUUCCCGGUGACCAUGACAGGGACAGUCUGUGAGCAGUGCGGCGGGCAGAUUAACGGUGGCGAUAUCGCCGUGUUUGCAUCACGGGCCGGCCACGGCGUCUGCUGGCACCCCCACUGCUUCGUGUGCAGCACAUGCGAUGAGCUGCUGGUUGACCUCAUCUACUUCUACCAGGACGGCAAGAUUUUUUGCGGCCGGCACCAUGCAGAGAGGCUAAAGCCACGCUGCUCUGCCUGCGACGAGAUCAUCUUUGCGGACGAGUGCACGGAGGCGGAGGGCCGCCACUGGCACAUGAGCCACUUCUGCUGCUUCGAGUGUGAGACCGUGCUGGGGGGGCAGCGUUACAUCAUGCGGGAGAGCCGGCCCUACUGCUGCGACUGCUUCCAGUCGCUCUACGCCGAGUACUGCGACGCCUGCGGAGAGCACAUCGGUAUCGACCAGGGCCAGAUGACCUAUGAUGGGCAGCACUGGCACGCCACGGAGAGCUGCUUCUGCUGUGCCCGCUGUAAGCGGUCCCUCCUUGGCCGGCCCUUCCUGCCCAAGCAGGGCCAGAUCUUCUGCUCUCGCUCUUGCAGCGCCGGUGAUGAGCUCGAUGGCUCAGACUCGUGCGACUCUGCUUUCCAGAGUGCCCGCUCCCGUGAGUCGCGCCGCAGCACCAAGGCAUGCAAGAGCGCCGAUGGCCCCGAGGCCCGGCAGCCGACCGGGCCGGGCCGCUUCUCGGCCGACAUCGACCCACUCUCGCUGCAGAUGGACCUGUUAAGUGUGUCGAGUCAGACGCCCAGCCUGAGCCGUGACCCCCCAGCGUGGAAGAGCCGUAGCGAGCAGUAUGUGCAGGAGGGCCCCCCCGAGCCGGCGCCCAGCCCCCUGCAGCUGCUCAGCCAAUGCAACGUGAGGACGAGUUACGGCGCCACCCUCAGCCCUGGAGGCCCGACCAACCCACGGUCCCCAGAGCCGGCCGGGCCCAAACGCCCCCCCAUGGGUGCCCUGAAGGGCCGCUCCCUGAAUGAGGACUGGUUCCACGCGGAGCAGGGCGAUUAUUACCCAGCAAAGCUGAAGAGCCAGGCCAGCUUCAACGAUGCCGCCCGCAGCGACUGCCUGGACAAGCGAUCCGUCAGCCUGCAUGGCUUCCAGAGAGAUCCGGAAGCAGGGACCCAGCUGGGCCGCACCCGCACCCCCAUCAACGCCCUGGGCUUUACGGAGCAGCUCACCCCACUGGAACAGACGCCCAGAGGCUCCAUGGAGUCUCUUGCCCUCUCCAAUGUGACAGGCACAUCCGUGGAUGGGAGUAGCCGGCGGCAGGAGCACCUGUCCCGCUUCUCCAUGCCCGACCUCAGCAAGGACUCCGGAAUGAAUGUGUCAGAGAAGAGCAACAUGGGCACCCUCAACUCCUCACUGCACUUCCGCAGCACUGAGUCCCUGCGCAGCCUCGGCUCUGCCCAGCCAUAUGGCAACCCGGAGCUCCGCCCCCCACCACCACCACAGCUGAAGUACCCAUCGCACCGCCGGGAGUCCCCAGGCCGGCUCCGUCAGCCACACGGAUUCCCCUUCCAGGAGGAGGACCGGCUGAGUCUGAUGGGUGGGGCGGGGGUUCGGAAUCGGCGGAGGGCUGAAGAGCUAGAGGAGCCACGCCGGCGCCACCAUCACCGGAGACGCCGGUCCCGCCGUUCGCGGUCUGAUAACGCACUGCACCUGGUGGCGGAGCGCCGGGGCCCCACGCUGGAGCGCCCCCUGCUGCGAGUCCACGAGGACUAUGAUCGGUUUGGGGGGGGCAGGGGCCCGUUUGGCGGGGGCGGCCACUUCCGGCAGGGCCCCUACCGGCAGUGCCCACGCACCACAUCGGACUUGACGCUGCAGAACGCGGUUGGUCAUGGGCUUGGGCCCUGCCGAUGGGACGAUUAUGAGGAUGACUGGUGCUCCACCUGUUCAUCCUCCUCCGAGUCUGACGACGAGGGCUACUUCUUGGGUGAGCCUAUCCCCCGGCCCGUGCACAUGCGCUACCUGAGCGGCGAGGAGCUGCUCCACAAGUACGCCUCCCCGGCCAUAGGGGGCGCCGGUCCGCUGGGGGGCCACGGACAGCUCCAUACACGCAAGCGCAGGAAAAGCAAGAACUGCAUCAUCUCCUGACACCCCCCCCCAUUUCUACCCAGUACAAAAAUCGUCUGUACACAUCGCUCCGUGGUCCCGCCCCAGAACAACAAGCCAUAACACCCUGCCGCUUUGUACCGUGAGCCCAGCCAGGGAAUGAUAUUCAGUGAGGUGUCAGUCGACAGCAGUAACUUUGCAUGCUCUUCGUUAACCGUCCCAAUUACUUCUUAAUUAUAUUCCUAACCCGGCACUCUAUUAAACGGCCAGUGCUAAUCCGACAAACGCAAAAUGCGUGUUCUCCAUACUCAGGCACUGUAACAGUUUAGUGUAGUCCUGCUUCUCCCAGCUGUGUGUUUACCACUGAAUAAAGCUCUAUGAUGUGUAUAUAAAGAAAUCCCUUAAGUUAAGAAUGUUUUAAUGUAAAUAUGUAAAUGAGGUAUUUUUAUAUUUUGUAUCGAUAGAACCAUUUAUGUAUUAUAUAAUGUAGAAAUGUAGAUGUGCAUGCGUGUCCAUUCGCUGAUAAUGUCUUGACUUGGAAUUAAAGAAUAUUUCAUUGAACAUCUUAAAA